CCAGCCGCUAACCCGAAGAAGACAAAGAAAAAAUCCGGGAAAUUAAAAGUAACAACAACACGGACAAGCUAAGAUAAAAAGGUCUGAAUGAACCGAAAAAUAAGGGAACGUUUUUAUUCCGUAUUCCGUACAUGGACACAUAAUCACGGAAAAAGCACAAUAUGAUGCUUAAGAUUGAUUUAAAUUGAUGCCCCGGAAAGCGGCAAAGACAGACAAGCCUGCACUGCAAUUCCUGGAGCGACCUGUGAGUGGCGCCAGACUUCAAAAUGUGCCUGAAGUCAGAGCUGCUCUCAAUCCCAGAGAGUUUUUCUCCAAGACACACAGCUCUUCAGCUCUCAGUUCCUGGGUUCAACCCCAGUUUGACAUCUCAGCUACACCUCCAUUUAGACGAGGAAGAAGAAAUUGUCAGUCCGUCACAAGGAUUCUUGACACGUGCAACGAGCUGUCCAGGAAACACAAAGUGUGCAAAUACCCAUCGUUAUUAUUUCUUAGGGCGGAGAGAGACAAGUCCCAUAAUCCAAGUGGACAGCGCACAAAGAAAGCGGCAGAGGUGACGUCAAUGCCUGAAGAUCAACCACAGGGAUCAUGUCAAAGCAAUAGGACAGUUUUACCUGCACCUAAGAGACGAAGAAAUCCUCAAAAAUCUUUAAACAGAGCUCCAUCUCACAGUGAAUAUUUGCACCAACCUGAAAAUCAGUUAAUAGAGGUAACGGAGGAAAGCAGAACUCCACCCGGUGGGUGUAGUAGCCCUAGACUUGGCAAUGUUGACCCGCCUCCUGAAGUGGACACUCCAACAAUGAAGCAGAACAGUUGCCCCAUGUCUCCCCCUGUUUGUUCACUGCUGGCUGAUCCCUCCUCCCCGCAGUGUCAUCUUCAUCCUAAUGUUUUGGUCUCCGACACACCAGAGAGGGACUAUGGGGUGAAGGUGACGUGGAGGAGGAGAAAGGGAUUGAUGAUCAUAUUAAAGGAAAGGGGCCUCCUCGAUUAGUCACUUAAGUUUAUUCUAUCAUAAAUCUUUUAAUUUUUGUAAAAAAUCCUUUUUCAUUUCUCUUGCACACCCAAAUAAUAUUAUUUUUUCCUGAUGUUGCCUGACAAGAAUCAAAUGAAAA